CUUGUUGUAUCUCAUCACCUUGUCAUAGUCAAUCAAUCCCUCUCACCGCUCAGACACAGAUCCUAAAGAACAAAUAAUUCACCAAUUCCGAGACGCAAAGUUUAGGAUUUGGAGUUUGUUUUUAUUCGCUCCUGACUCAGGUCGGUUGCUUUGACCUAGUGGAUUUAAGCCGCCUGUUUCGUUUCUGGUCAUGACCAUGGUAAAAUCAGCCAUAAGGAAGGGAAGGAAAAGAUUGGCUCACCAAGAGGACCCAAAAAUUAAGGAUGGAGUUGUUAAACUCAGAGAGAAGCUGACAAGCAGACAAAAACAAAGGCUUAAGAAGCGUUUCCUGAAAUCUGAUGAACCUGUUGAAAAUAGAGUGUCUCGAAAGGUAUUUUUGUUGAUGUCCUUCUUCCCAUUAGGUUUUCGAGCCGUCUAACGGCCUGCUUGAAAAUGACGGUGACGAACUUAUGGUUGAUGAUUUUGGACGUCUAUCAGAUUUAGAAGAUGAAGACAUUAAGACAAAUACGGAUCCUGUAGAACCUGUAGAUGAAAAUGAAGAUAUGAUAACCAACCUCGCUUCCGAAGAUGUGGUUGAAAAGUCUGUCAUGGAUUCCAGUACAUUGAACCAACGCAUUCGAAACUGGCUCUAUAUCCUAUCCGAUUUCAAAAACAGAGCACCUGCAGACCUCAAUAGGAGUUUGUGUGUUCGAACUCUGAUAAGCGACUUAUGUUCUCGUUAUUCGUACAAUCAGUUUCUUAUGGUGAAACUUCUUGACUUGUUUCCAAAAGAGAUCGUUGAGGUUUUAGAAGCUAAUGAAGUCGACAGACCAGUGACCAUACGCACAAAUACCUUAAAAACCCGUCGGAGGGAAUUGGCUCAAGCUUUAAUAAAUCGUGGUGUGAACCUUGAUCCUUUGGAACCGUGGAGCAAAGUUGGACUUGUUGUUUAUUCAUCACAAGUACCAUUAGGCGCAACACCAGAGUAUCUUGCCGGUCAUUAUAUACUUCAGGGAGCUAGUUCUAUGCUUCCUGUAAUGGCCUUGUCUCCUCAGUUAGGCGAGCGUAUCCUGGAUUUGUGUGCUGCGCCGGGUGGGAAAACAACUUACAUUGCACAACUCAUGAAAAAUACCGGGACCAUUUUUGCAAAUGAAAUAAACCCCAGUAGAGCCAAAGCACUGCUUGGAAAUUGUCAUCGUAUGGGUGUAACAAAUACUGUCAUCUGUACAGAAAAUGGGCGAAAAUUCCCAAAAAUAAUGUCGAACUUCGACCGAGUCCUCGUAGACGCACCGUGUUCUGGAACUGGUAUCAUCGCCAAAGAUCCUUCUGUGAAAACCACCAAGAAUAAUGACGAGAUUCAGAAGUGUGUAGAGUUGCAGAAAAGGUUACUUGUGGCUGCUAUUGAUUCCUGCAAAGUAGGAGGUUACGUGGUGUAUUCCACAUGCUCCAUAUUGGUAGAAGAAAAUGAGAAUGUUGUAAACUUUGCGUUAAGACGAAGAAAAGUACGUUUAGAGGAGACGAAACUGUUUGGGGAAAAGGGUUUCACUGCAUUCAAAGGCUAUCAGUUCCACCCACAUAUGACGCGCGUUCGACGUUUUUACCCGCACAAGCACAAUGUCGACGGAUUUUUCGUGGCAAAAAUGAAGAAAAUGGCAGCGACGGUUACAAGGGAGAAGGACGUUUCUUGAAACUGGAUAUUUGUAGAUAAAGCACCAGGAGUACCAACUUAGUCCUUACUUCUUCAGAACUCAGUGUAUGACGGACUUCGGGUAUUUUAUUUAUGAUGUGUGCAAAUAUCUGAUCGUAACAAUAUAAAUUUAGGAUACUUAACGAUGCCGAAAACGCAGAUAACUAGCCUCCUGUACUUAGUUUGAUAAUGGGUCGUGCCUAGCUACUCAAUCCCCUGUCUCCAAUUAACAUACUAACCACCUGCGAAAAUCCCACGUCGUUUGCACUUCCUUCUAUAGGUCAUCUGUCCAACUUAUCAUUCUAUACAGUGUUUCACAGUAAAUAAUCUAUCACACAUUACACAACGCUUACAUAUCAGAUGCCUGAGUAAUACGGAUUUUCUAAUACCUAUGCUGGAUAUAGUCAUGUGUAGAUGGACACAUGUUCUUAGUAAUUGCUGAGGUUUGUCUAAGCUCUGGAGGCGAAACAGUCAAACCUAAGGAGUCGUUCACAAAUACAGUAUACAAGCUCGUCACACUUUCGAUAUUCUUAAGUGGCAAAUGUAUUGGAAGAAAGCCAAGUAAAAAAUCAGAGAUUGUUAGCAAAAUAAAGACAUUGAUGAGCAAUAGUCAGAGUUGAAUUUAAUUACAGUCGAGGUUGUGUAUGUUAUAAAUCCGGGAAAUAAAUUAAUUGAAAUUUAUUUGGUCAAAUGUAGUUACGAUUGACUGCGCUUACGAAAGUCUUCGAAAAAAGCUUUUACUUCCGACUCUGUUACAAUCUGAAAGACAAAAAUCGGAUAUGAGUAAGAAACACUAAAAAUAGAAUGGUUAUUUCAUAGUAGAAAAUACAACAAGCUGCUCGCCUACAUCUAUGUCGACCAGUUUCCAUUUAACGCAUAAAAUAAAUAUUGAGUUUCAAAACCCCUAACCACAAAAUUUUUUUUCGUAAGGAUAACAUACGUUUUGAGGAACUUACUGUUGGCGUACUGAGACAGCACUGGACUUUAUACAACGGAGUUUCCACAUGAGCUACACUAUCCAUCAGCUCAUGGUUCAAUACGUCACAAAUAACUAAGAAGAUAAAGGCUAGCAUAGACCUCUUCACAAUUUUCAAAACUUGCUGUAAAAAAGAACUAAAUAGAUAAGUGGUCUACUUACGUGGUUUUUGUCUCUCUUCUUUGUGAAAAAUUCCUCCAGAGCUUCUUUUAGUCGUACAAACCCUACAUUAAAAGUAAACUUCAUGAGUAGUUUUGGAAAAUAUGCAAAUGACAGUCAGUGUACUCAAUUGCAGAGCUUGUUUGGUCUGUUUAAGUGGGUUCGAUACCAUUUAUCGCUUCAGAUUCAAUUAUCAGAUUGUUGACCCCAUUUAAUCUUGGUUUUCUGGGCAUGGAUAUCUACAUAACAAAGCAGAUAUCUCUUAAUUGGCUCAUAGAGACCCAUUUUCAGACAGAUGGUUAUCUUUACUUAGAAUGUUGUAAUGUACUAACAGGAUCUAAAGGUGUUAUUAUCCUCCUAUGCUUUAUUAGUAGUUUAUUUUUAUUUUGGAGCAAUAGUCUAGUGCUGCCAUAUAAACUAAGACACGAAGUAAUGGAUUGUUUUUUAUUCAAACUUUUCUACUAUAUACACUGAACAUCCGCAAACUCAUGAUAACAAAGUUGAUGUAAUGGAGUAAUCCAACCAUUUAUACAUAAACGAAAUAACUCAUGAAAAUAGACUUUGAAUUAAGUGAUAUACGUCUAGUACGAAAAUCACAGGAUAUUUUUACAGGUCUUUUCUUAAUAAAUACUAUUAUAACAUUUUAAAACAUCUUUCUGAUCAACCAGUAUAAUAACGAACCUGCCAUAAGAUAUUUCCAUGUACAAUGAAGACCAUGUAAGUCACUGUGACGAACUCAUCCUAACUCCAACUGCUUGAUUCUAGCGUAAAUCUUGUUUCUCGUGAUAAAGCUCGGUUGUUUUCGUUUUAAGACAUACACAUCAAAACACACGAAAACGUGGGGAAAACAUGUUGAUGCACAAGAACCAGAAAACAUCAUAGAUGUCUCUCGAAUUUCUAGUAUUCAGAUGUUGUGAUCAUAAAUUGUGCAAUCAAGCAAACAGGAAAUAUUUUUUAUUUGGGAGCUUAUAAACUCUCCUCUAUGCUUGAUCUUGCUUCUUAUAUGUUCAACGUAUGUGAGGGUUGGGGUUACUGGUUCUGGUUAAACAA